AAACUUGUUUAGUACGAAGAUGUGGAGUAUCCCGAUUCAAGUGUGAAGUAAUUGCAUCAUAAAAAAGUGAUAUUUUUAAUAUAUAUAGUUCGACAAUGAAGAUCACCUAAUGGCUGAUCAUGUUCAAUAACUGUAGAGAGUGUAGGGAUUCUGCAAUCGGUCACCUUGUGGUAAGAAUGAUUAUGAAAAAAAGGUUUCAUGUUGAAAAUAUUGUUAGUGCUCCAUUGGUUGAUAUGUACGAUAAGAAUUCGAGAAGGGCCAUUACAAAGCCCAUCGGCAGACUGGUCGCAUCGACAAGGGAAAUUGAGUUGUCUAUAUCAGUAAUUUAGCAAUCAGGCAGCAGGUGGAUCUAUCGAAGCGUAUCUCAUAGGAACGAACGCAUCAGCGGUUUCGUCUCAUUUCCAUUUAUUCGCUUGAAUCAACGAAAUUCGAUAAAUUUUCAAAUAUUCUUGCAUUUAAGAAUAUUCGAGGGUGAAAUUAAUUCUCUGAAAAAUGGACGGAGUCAUAGUAAUCAUGGAGCUCGACCGUUGAGCAAUAAGUGUACACAUUUCCCUAUAUCUGUAAGUUAUUACAUAUGAAUGAAAAUUGCUUUUCCGACGACAAUAAAUGUUUUCUACAACGAUGCAAAAUACUGACAGAUAACGGGUAAACAUUAAUUCAAUAAUGACGGGAUAAAAGUAAAUAAUGGUUUCCACAUGAUGGGAGAACGGAGAGUGUUCCUCCAGACUGGAAUGUCUGUCCAGUGCUGAUAAGCCAUUCUGGGUUACCGAAACAAAUCGAAAAGUGCGGUGACUCGUAAAACAGCGCAUCAGACUCUAUUUCAUCGACGAUUCCGAUAAUACAUCAAAUUGUGUAUUAAAAGUUGCGUUUAUACGAAGAAGCAUGCUCGUAUGAGAGAACAUAGUCCAUAAAACCCAUAGGUAGUUCGCAAGCGAUACUGCAAAUUUCACGGAGUCGAGUGUAAAGUGCGCAAGUCCUUCGAGUUUUCGAAGGCAUGCCAAGUAAAGUGAACAAAUUCUAUAAAAGCCGUACGAUCGAGUACUGAUUUUCCUCCAGUGAGAAUGACAACUUUAGAAGCUCCCAAGUGUCUGCGUGGAGCGCACUAUAUUCACCAAAUUUUAUCUUUCAUUGAACCAAAUAAAUAAACAAAACAAAGUGUCUUUUUAAUAAAAUAGAAAGAGUGCGACCAAAUAAAAUUUUAUGAAACUCGUGGUAUAAUGAUUCAAAAAAGUUUUAAAGGUUCCCGGUUAAUGACAGUGAGCGUGGUUUAUUUGAGCCUUUUUCUGGAUAAUGUUUUAUUGACAGUUGUUGUACCGAUUAUACCUGAUUAUCUCUGCAGCAUCAAUGGAAAUUCAACGGGAUCUGAAAACGACGAAGACUACGAUGAAAAUGGCAAAGUAGGCUUUUUACUCAGCUCCAAAGCUUUUGUACAAUUAUUACUCAAUCCGGUUGUUGGAAGUCUUACUGGAAUCACAGGUUAUGCGAUGCCAUUGUUUCUCGGAAAUUUCAGUCUUCUGAUAGCAGCUUUACUUUUCGCAUUUGGUCAAACCUACGAGUUUUUAUUCCUGGCAAGAAGUAUCCAAGGAAUAUCAUCAGCUUGUAUUAGUGUAUCUGGUAUGUCACUGGUUGCUUCGCUAUAUCCUGAGGACAAUGAACGGUCGAAGAUAAUGGGCUUUGUUCUUGGGAGCAUAGCACUGGGAGUUUUAGUUGGUUAUCCAAUCGGUUCGAUACUCUACGAUAUGGAAGGAAAAAUGGCACCAUUUUUGCUCGUUUCUAUUCUCAUUGUUGUACCGAUAGGUUUGCAACUAUUUGCAUUGGAUUUACAGCCAAAAUCUCAAUCCGAGAAAAUACUAAGUUCGACAAGCUGGAACGAUUUACUCUGUCAAGGAAAAAUUCUUAUAAUAGCAGGUGCAAUUUGGUCGUCAACUUCUCCAAUGGCUAUUCUCGAACCUUGUUUACCAAUUUGGUUGAGAGUUCAUAUAAAACCAAAGAAAUGGCAAUUGGGCACAGUGUUUAUACCUGACAGCGUUGGAUAUCUGAUAGGAACGAAUUUUUUCGGUGCGGUUGCUUAUCGUUAUGGUAGAGUGAAAACGGCGAUAUUAGCGAUGUGUUUGGUGGGUGUGAGUCUGAUACUGUUACCUUCGGCAAAGACGAUGUCCCAAUUGAUAAUACCACAUCUUGGAAUGGGUCUUGGAAUUGGAAUAGCAGAUGCUGCUCUUGUUCCUCUUUUAGCGAGUCUCGUCGAUCAGGAUGGAAACUAUGGUCCUGUAUACUCGAUACAGCAGGUGGCAGUGAGCUUGGCUUACGCGUUAGGGCCGAUACUCGGCAGUGAACUCGUUCGUGUUAUAGGUUUUCAAUGGGUCAUGAGAACCGUCGGUUUCAUCAAUAUUGUUUAUUGCCCGUUGUUGGCUUGUGUUACAUUUGAAAGAAGAAAACUUCUGGCUGGCGAAGAAACUAAGGAGUACAGUAGCAUCGACAAGGGUUGCGGCACCAAGUAUCAAAGAUUCCAUGAUUCGGACGAUGAUCUUUGAAGUAUUUCACGGUGUGUUUCACGUAUUUUCUUUCAUAUUCCUCGAUGAGCUUUCUAUGCUAAUAUUUUAUCCCGUUGUAUCACGCAAGAAUAAAUGUAUUUGUUGAGUA